AUGACUGCUCCGAAGUACGAGAUCCCCAAAGAGUUCAAGAAUCAGCUUCGAUUCGUCGAAUCCGCUGAUUCUCGAUCUGAUGAUGAAAUAGUUGCUUCUUUGCGCAAAGCCGCACCAUUGAAUUCAUCCGAGAAGAAUAUAUGGGCGUUCUGGGAUUCUGGGCUUGACAGUAUGCCUGCCUGGACCCGUCGCAAUGUUAUCAACUGGGCACGGCUUUGUGGCCCGUCAUGGACAAUUCGAAUUCUUGAUGCAGUUCCCAACUCACCAAACCAUGCACUCAACUAUGUACCGCCUGCAAUGCUGCCCGAGGCGUUCGUGAAGGGUACCCUCAAGGGACCCUAUACCGGACCCCAUAGUGCGGACUUCCUACGUGGCGCAUUGCCAUAUCUCUACGGCGGUGUCUUUAUAGACGUUGGGAUUAUUCUGAUACGCAGCCUGGACAAGAUUUGCUGGGAUAUACUGUCCGAUCCGUCAAAGCCGCAGCAAGUCAGUGUGCCAUGGAUGUAUGGCACAGUAAUGGCCAAUCACUUUGUAGCGGCGCGCCAGCAUGAUCCAUUUAUCAAGAGAUGGCAUGAUCUUUUCGUGUAUUUGUGGAGUGGCAAGAACUCCCACGAAGGUCUAUCAGCAAAUCCUCUCGUGGCGUUUGCACAAAAACUGGAUUUUUCUGCAUCUCAACGUAGGGGGUUUGCAUGGGACUUUCAGGUGGGUCCAGGUGUGGUGUUCGAGUAUAUUACGCAGGUGAUUGCGUGGUUGAGAUUGUGUAUGUUAGAGGAAGCCGGUGACGGAUUCAGUUGCGCCGAUUAUGCCCAGAAUAACAUCCUUUGGUUUGAUUCAAUGGAGGAAGACUGGGCAGCGGAGAAGUUCUUCGAGGCUUUGACGACAAGACUUGAUGAUGAUCCGGAAUCAGAGCGCUACAAGAAAGCAUACGAGCUCAUUUGGAGGCUUUUGACUAAAUCGAGCAUGCAAAAGAUUACGCAUGGCAAAAAUUUGACCAAGACCCCAGCUCUGGGUAUAUUGUUGGAUAAACCCGAGAAUGUGAACAAGGACAUUGAAGAAGGAACUUUUGCGGAUUUGCUGAGAUAUGGAAGCGUGCAUUUCGAACAGACUCGCUCGCAGAUCGCAGUCGUGAAGAUUGAAAAGCCUGUGGAAACGAUGAAGAAGGGAGUAUUCGAGCCAUAG